UCCCAGUAGAAAGCCUUGUAAAUCUAGAUCUAGAUUCUAGACUGCAAAGACUGCAGGAAAGUUGAGGAAAGGGAGACGUCAACACUACUCAAAGCAGCCUCGUCAACAUGGCAGAUAUAACUAACCUUUUCAAGGCGCAAGUGAAAGCUUUGAAACUUCGUAACAAAUCGAUUGCGGAAACUAAAACAGAUGAUGUACCGACAAACAUAUUAGCUAAGAAGCAUGAGAGUGCUUUUGAGUCCAAAGCUAAAAAUCUGGUGAAGACCAUUACCAAACUUAGAGAUUUUCUGCUGGAGAACAGAAAAAGUUAUGUCAACUCUGGAAGCCUUCUGUCAGCUCAGGGCAGUGGAAUGUCGGAAUCCGAACGUGAUCAAAUUGAUAAUGAUGCGCAGGAGAUAAUAAAGUCUUGUCGAGACACCAUUGUCGUCUUCAGAGUAGAGACUGAUAAACAGAAAGUACACCCACAAGUAAAGGAACAUCGUCAUGCUGUGAUGAUAUUGGUGGAUUCCUACCUUAAAGCCAUCUGUAAAGUCUACAGUGAACAGAAAGCAGUCCGUGUAAAGCGUGUUGUUGACAGGAAAAGAAUCUCAAAGCUUGAGCCGGAGAGAAAGUAUAACCACUUGUCCAGACAACAGUUAAAGAAAAACUUGAAUAUUGAUCAAGAUUCCACAGAGAAGGAAAAUGUUGACCCUUCAGAAAACUCAGGUUCAGAGAUAGCACCAGUGCAAGAAAGAAGGAAGCAGCAGCCAGCACCGUUAUUUGAUGAGGCUCCAUCUUAUAAUGAGGAGGAGGAGAUCAGUCCAGAGGAAGCUCAGCUGUUUGAGCAAGAGAAUAAAGCUUUGUAUGAAGAGAUGAACAGCAUGGCGGAAGAAGUCAAGCACAUAGAGGGGCAAGUUGUAGAAAUUGCAAAACUUCAGGAGAUCUUUACUGAAAAAAUCCUUGAACAGGAUGUUCAAAUGAAUCAGAUUUCAACUACAGUUGUUGGCACAACAGAGAACAUCAAGGAUGCCAAUGAGGAAAUUCGAGAGGCUAUCAAGAAAAAGGCAGAGUUCAGAGUUUGGAUUUUGUUCUUCUUGGUUGUGUGUUCCUUGUCAUUACUAUUUUUGGAUUGGUACAACAACUAGUGCUGUUCUUGUCAUAUUGGAUGUUCAUGUAUAGGAUGUAUUUAAUAACACAUAUUGCCGAAAUUGCCUAAAUGAAUACUAUCUCAAAAAAGGAUAGUGAAGCUCUAUGUUUGAGUUACUGCAAUGAUGAGUUAUUUGUUCUACCAAUAUGAGAUAAAAGGGUAACUUACCAAACUGACUUAUUCUUAUUUUUUCUCUUCAGAUUUUAUGUAGUAGAAAUAAGCUUGGAUAGAGAUAACAGAUCAUUAUGUUGUGCUUUCUGCCUGUUUAGCUCUUAAGCUUAUUGUGAUAACUUAAAAAAAAAAA